AUGCCCCUGCGCAAACAUACGAAGCCUCCGCCGAGAUUCACUUUUGUGACUCCGGAAUUUGAAGGCAACCAAAUGAGAUGGUUAAAGACUCAUUCAGACGCAACAAGAAGUCACGCCGCAUAUUGGAGUGGGCCUGCAAAACGUCGAUGGCAAUCCGGCAAAGAGAGCAUCAAAAAGGAGGAUAGCGCCAACGCUCGAGGGACUUUUGCAGAUGAGCGCACUUACCCACACACCGCCCAAGUUGAGCAUCGCUGUUCAGUUGCUCGGACUCUCCAAUGCCAGGGGUCAACAGCGGCAACGGAUAGAAAGAUUUUACCCCAGAGAGGAGACUAUUCGACAUUUCGCCAGAUAGAACCCACUGGUUCACGAUGUACCCAAGGUCUUCCGCCAGGUUUGAAAGAGACCAAUUCUCUUUCAGUCGACUUGACAGUUCUCAAAUUCUAUAACGAAGACUUUAUGAAAAGGUUUGUCAUGGUUGACAAUGCCGACAGUACCCUGAUUUUCACUAGCUGCCUUCUACUUGGCUACGCUUAUCACCUGGCACUGACAGGGCAGGGGACCAUGACCAUGUUGCUAGAAUUGAAGAGCCAGGUUAUACGCCACCUGACAGCGAAGAUGAAUAUUUCAGAUGGACUGCUUAGCCCCCGAUGCCUCAUCGCAAUAUUGGCCCUGGGAGCUCCAAUUGUCUGUCUAGUAUCUAGAGACUUACCAAGAUGCCUCAGAAUUGGGGAAUCUAUCAACAUGAUGUUGGAGGAAGAGUGCUUAUGCAGUGAAGAAUCGGCAAUGUUCUCUCCAGCCUCACUCCACGAGCAAGUUGUUCACCGGUCAGCAUUACGCAGACUGUUCCUGAAAGCUAGGGCUAAUUUCCAAGACCCGGAAAGCGUCGCAUUACUGCAGUAUAUCUCUAAUUAUAUGAAUAUGUGCGUACCUAUAAGUUUUCUAUCAAUGGCUAUUGGGGACGCUGAUUGUUUACACACUACUCCGCCGGAGAUUAAGAAACUGUUCUCAGCUACCACUCCAUGUCAGGGUUGUACUGUACCAGAACAGUGGAUAUCUCCUCUUACACCUCUUACUUCUCAAUGGCAGGAAGACUCGUCUAUGGUGUACAUUGAAAGCCGAAUGAUGUUGCUUACAGCACUGAUGCAGAAGUGGCUCGCGACAUUCCUUGACGAAAACGAUCAAUUAUUACCUCUCACACAGGAGCUGUUACAAAAGCGUGCAGACCUUCGUGAAAAGAUUGAGAGUUUUGCGCCGGCAACAAUGAAGUCUAAUGCUGAAGAAGAAGCCAUGUAUGAAUGUUGCCGGCACGUCACUUCGAUACUAUUAACCGCGGAAAAGCUACGCAUCCCAAUCCAUGCUGCAGCGGACCAUGUGGAAUCUAAACUUAACCUUACAAAGUCGUUUCGUCAAACAGAUCUCACAAAUCUUUGGGGCAGGCACAAGGGUUUGCUGUUUUGGGUUGCUGCAACAUGUCAGUUCGCAACAGCGAGUCAGUGCUCUCCUUUACUAUAUACAACGCUUCUUGCACGACUAGUACAGGAGCUCUCGAUGUCAAACAUUUACACUGAGAUAGCUCUUGGCUCUUUAAAAAGACUAAAGCAAUUCGAGGGCUUGUGCUGCUAUCAGGAAUCCCGGCCAAGCUGCGGCGAAUAG